CUUUUGAUCAUCAGUCGUCGUCGUGGCACCAACACAUCCAAACCCACACACACACACCCACACACAUAGUAUUGUACACAGUAUAUAUACCAUUACCAGAGCCUAUCUAAAACACCCAUUACUUACAACGUACGCAAAUGCUAAGUAUGGAAGAAAAGGCAUUUGCAGAGAAGAGCUUGUACGGUGGUUCUCUUCCUGUUCCUAGUGUUCAAGAAUUAGUACAGAAGCCAAUACUCACAAUCCCACCCAGAUACAUACAGCCUUAUCAUCAAGAGAUCAUCAGUUCUGAUCAUCAUGCUCAUCAAAUCCCAUCCAUUGACAUGCAGAAAUUGCUUUCCCAAGAAUCAACCAUUUCUGAAUCUGAACUAGCCAGGCUACAUUUUGCUUGCCAAGAGUGGGGUUUCUUUCAGUUGGUAAACCAUGGUGUGAGCUCUUCCUUGUUGGAGAAAAUGAAGACAGAAACUCAAGAGUUCUUCAACCUACCCAUGGAAGAGAAGAAAAUAUUUUCGCAACAGCCAGGAGACAUUGAAGGUUUUGGACAAUCUUUUGUAGUUUCUGAAGACCAAAAACUCGAUUGGGCUGACACUUUCGUCUUGACCACCCUUCCUGUCCAACUGAGGAAGCCUCACCUACUCCCAAAACUCCCUUCUCCUUUCAGAGAGACUAUAGAAACUUACUCAUUGGAACUGAAAAAGCUAGCCAUGACUAUCCUAUCACAAAUGGAAAAAGCUUUGCAGAUGGAAACCAAUGAAGUGACCAACAUAUUCGAAGGUGCAUUGCAAGCGGUGAGGGUGAACUAUUACCCUCCGUGUCCUCAGCCGGGGAAAGUCCUCGGUCUGACCCCUCACUCUGAUGGUGGAGCUCUCACCAUCCUCCUACAAGUCAAUGAAAUGGAUGGCCUCCAAGUAAAGAAAGAUGGGAUUUGGGUUCCUGUGAAGCCACUACCAGAUGCCUUUAUUGUGAAUAUUGGAGACGUUCUAGAGGUUAUAACAAAUGGGACGUAUCGUAGCAUUGAACAUCGUGCAAUUGUGAACUCUGAAAAAGAAAGGCUCUCAAUCGCCACAUUUUACAACCCCAGAGUUGAUGGUGAAAUCGGCCCAGCCUCUAGCUUGAUUACUGAGAAAACACCUGCAGCAUUUAAAAGGCUGAGUGUUGAAGAAUAUUUGAAAGCAAUUUUUGAUCGUAAGCUUCAUGGAAAGUCUUUUCUUGACGAAUUGAGGAUUAAGUAAUGAUGUUAAGCAGUGGAACAGUUGGAUUUGCACUUUUUGGUGCUGGUCUGUGAAUAAGUUAAACAUGUAUUGGUGGGUUAUACCUCUAUUAGAGAGAUUAUGUAAAUAUGAUGUAAAAAAAUGUGAUAAGUGUAACACUACUUGUUUUUAUUUUUCUUUCCUAUCCUAUGUCCAGUCCACCAUUUUCGUUC